AUGGACGCCAUCAACCCGCUGCUACUCCCGGGCGAGACCGUGCCGCGCGGAUCAGCUCCACCGACCGCAUCUGGAUCUAACGCCGCCACGGCAACCGCCACUGAGGGCCUCAUGGUCGAUACGCCUCCCGCUGUUGGUGCUCUCGGAAAGCGGAAGUGGUUGGGGCAGCACGUCGUCAUCGUGCCUCCCGCUGCAGCUACCCCUCCCGCACUGGCUGCCCCUCCCGCGCCGGCCAAGCGGGCGAAGUGGUCGGGCAACAAGGCGCCAACGCCGGCAGAGAAGAAGGCGGCGCCGAAGAAGGCUGCGAAGAAGCCAGCUGCAGCCAAGAUGGCGUCGCUGACUGCUUUGACUGCAACGAUGGCGAAGGCGCCGCCAGUGUCGGCUGCUGCGCAUAAUGACCUCCUUAGGCCUGCUAAGAAGUUGUGGGAUGAGAUGUUCACCAGUGGGUGUAGUCCAAAUCUGCAGACCUACAAUAUACUUAUAACAAAAUUUGCAGAGAUUGGUGAAACUGGAGAAGUCCAACAGCUGUUUGAUCACAUGCUCCAGAAGGGAGUGGCCCCAGAUGGUGCAACAUACACUUCAGUCAUUACUAUGCUGUGCCAAGAAAACAAAUAUGAACAGGCUGAGGAAAUCUUUAACAAGUCUGUAGUGCAGGAUCCCAAACUAGCUAGUUCAGUGUUAACUGUACUUAUCCUUGCACUCUGUAAACAAGGUAACUUGAAAGCAGCAUUGAGUGUGAUGUUCAGUGUUCCAUCCAAUAUUGAGAGCUCAAAUUCACAUGUCAUUUUGUUGAAGUUCCUAACAGAUGCCGAGGAAAUAGAAAUGGCCCUUGAACACAUAAAAUGGAUUAAGCGCUGCUGCAGCUCUACGUUUCAGGACAUAAUGAACGAACUAAUGGCUUCUCUUUCGACUUCUGCUAGUCUUCAACCUGUCACAAAGUUAGUUCGUUAUUUACAUUCUCAGGGGCUUGUUGAUGAAGUUCACCCAUGGAUGAAGUUGAUAGACAAUGCGUAUGCUUGAAUCACACUAUGGACGGUAGUCUUAUCAUGAUGUCAUUUAUCCAUUUUGCACCAAGUAAUCCAGAAGUGUAUGGGAUAAUUGAAUGUUAGGCUUCAGUCAUCACAUCAGAAGGCAAGAGCGAUAUUUUGAUGUGAUGCAUUGAGU